UGAAAAUUUUGCAGGGAGGAAAGGAUAGCAAGCAUGUGUUUGUGUAGUCUCCUCUCUCCUUCCCCCCCACUCUCCACACACUCAACAAUCAAAGCUUCGUUUCACCUUCGAAUCCCAACAGAAACUUCACGGAAUUCCAACACAAGACCUUUUCUUCUACCCAAUCUGCUCUCCUUUGCCCUCACUGUCAGCCUAGCUUCCUCACCACUUUCUCUUGCACUCCCUUCCAUCAAUUCUCAGUCCUCUCUGCUCCCACCCACCACUCCAUUUUCACAAUCUAAGAACUUGCAGGUUGGGUUAGAAAAUGGGAAAAUCAGGCCCUGUCCAUCAAUUAAUCCGGGUUGUGUUUCAACAAACCCGAAAUCUUCAUCAUUUGCAUUCCCAUUGACGAUUCCUGAGAAGUAUUCAGACAAUGCCGUUCAGAAAUUGCAAGAAACAAUCCUAAAAACACAGAGAAAUGCAAAGAUUCAGGUGGUUGAAGACACUCCAGAUGGCCAAUAUCUGAGAGCUGAGGUUGAUGGAGGUUUUGGCAGAGACGUAAUGGAGUUUUUGGUGAAAAGAGAUGUGGUUGCUUAUAGAACCAUGGCCACAAAAGUAACAUAUGUGUACCCCUUCACCACAGCUCUAGGAGAUUCAAAAGGACAAGAAGAAAGGAUGAAGAAGAUUAUUGACCAGUUGGGAUGGUAUGCUCCAAGUUUGGAUUCUAUGGAUUAGAUUAGUUAUUUCUUGUUGCCUGUUCAAAGAUAUUAUUACUUACCUUAAAUUUCGGAUAUGAUUAUUCAUUAUCAUGUUCUUUAAUUCUUAACAAUCAAGAAUCUGAUGGCAGAGAAAAAAGGAUGGUAUUGAAUGUUCA